AUUUAUGAGACAAUGAUACCUCAUUUUAUUUACUUGUUACAAUCCUGACCACAUGAGCAUUCGCAAUAACUGGUGAAUCGAACAAGUAGUGGGGUCUUUCUCGCGGAUGUUGAUUACUGUUUUGGUGAAUGUCGCUAAAACUUACCCGGUAAACUUAUGAAAAAACAUAUUGCGUUUAUGAAGCAUAAAAUAUAAAAGUGCAUUACAAUUAUUUACAACAAAAGUUAGAGUAUAUCGAUAUUAGUGUCAUUACAAAAUAAGUGCAAGUAUCGCGAUAAAAUAUUAUUGUUUUGUGAAUCUACUAGCAUAAGAGAGAUAAGGAGAGUGUAGAGUGUAUGCGAGUGCAUUUAACAUACUCACACAAUUGGUAUAUUCGGCAUGUUCGUGUACAAUGGCAACCUUGACACUUGGUGAUCGUUUUUGGCGGCUUCGUCCCGCUUCUACUGAAAUCGUGUUUGGUAGGAUCGCGUCGCGAGUGAAAGCAGCAGUGGCCAUUCUGUAAAGUCUUUAAGAGUUUGGCAGUAAAGAAUCAUUAAAACAUUUCGCGCUUCAGAUUAUAAUAUCUUAUUAUUCUGUUUGUUUUCGUGAUUGUAGUUUCGUUCGUGAAAAUGUUCGUAUAAACUAUUGUUCUUAAAGGAAACAUAUCACACAACAAAAUCACAUCAAAUAUUUUGCGCAUAUACUGGAAAUUAAGAAAAAUAAACAGUUAAGUGCUAUAUAUAAAAUAACUAUUACAUAGUUAAUACAUAAACAGCACCACGUGAAGUUAAUAAGAAAAAUAAAAAAGGACAAUGUUUAUGUGAAUAUCAAGAGUGCUUGACUAUUUUACAUAUUAUAAAUCGAAUACUACUUCUAUAAAAUAGAAAAAAUGGCACAAUUAAAGCAGCAACUUCCACUUCAAAUGCCAGACUUAAGUAGUCUUCGUAUAACUACAGCUGUUUCUAUGCUUGGUAAAGCAUAUGGAUGUGGACAAUGUAGUGCUCCCCCACCUGGACCCACAACAAGUUCUUCUGUUGGAGCAGCUGGAGCAACUGGAAGCAGUGUUGUAGCUUCUAGUUCUUUAGGGCUUGUUUCCACACAACAAACACACACUCCUCCUCAACCUCCUGAACUGCCAAUGUUUUCAUGUCCUCGGAGACCAAAUAUAGGACGUGAAGGCAGGCCAAUUGUCUUAAGAGCUAAUCACUUCCAAAUAACAAUGCCACGUGGUUAUGUGCACCAUUAUGAUAUUAAUAUUCAACCUGAUAAAUGUCCUCGUAAAGUUAAUAGAGAAAUAAUAGAAACAAUGGUUCAUGCAUAUACCAAAAUAUUUGGAACUCUUAAGCCUGUAUUUGAUGGAAGAAAUAAUUUAUAUACAAGGGACCCCUUGCCUAUUGGUACUGAUAAAAUAGAAUUAGAAGUAACACUGCCUGGUGAGGGUAAAGAUAGAGUUUUCAGAGUUGUGAUAAAGUGGUUGGCUCAAGUUUCACUAUUUGCAUUAGAAGAAGCUUUAGAAGGACGAACAAGACAAAUUCCAUAUGAUGCUAUACUUGCUUUAGAUGUUGUAAUGAGGCAUUUACCAUCUAUGACAUAUACUCCAGUAGGUAGAUCAUUCUUUAGCACACCAGAUGGAUAUUAUCAUCCAUUAGGUGGUGGAAGAGAAGUUUGGUUUGGUUUUCAUCAAUCAGUUAGGCCAUCUCAAUGGAAAAUGAUGUUAAAUAUUGAUGUAUCUGCAACUGCAUUUUAUAAAGCACAACCUGUCAUAGAAUUUAUGUGUGAAGUAUUAGACAUUCGAGAUAUAGGAGACCAAAAAAGACCUUUAACAGAUUCUCAACGGGUUAAAUUUACCAAAGAAAUUAAAGGACUUAAAAUUGAAAUCACACAUUGUGGAACAAUGAGACGAAAAUACAGAGUGUGUAAUGUUACACGUAAACCUGCUCAAAUGCAAUCAUUCCCAUUACAAUUAGAAAAUGGACAAACAGUUGAAUGUACAGUUGCAAAAUAUUUCUUAGAUAAGUAUAAAAUGAAGUUACGUCAUCCAUAUCUUCCAUGUCUUCAAGUUGGACAGGAACAUAAACAUACAUAUUUGCCACUUGAGGUCUGCAAUAUUGUUGCUGGGCAACGUUGUAUCAAAAAAUUGACUGAUAUGCAGACUUCUACUAUGAUAAAAGCUACAGCUCGUUCUGCUCCAGAUCGCGAAAGAGAAAUAAAUAAUUUAGUUAGAAGAGCUGAUUUUAAUAAUGAUUCAUAUGUUCAAGAAUUUGGUUUGACAAUAUCAAACAAUAUGAUGGAAGUUAGAGGUCGUGUUCUACCUCCACCCAAACUACAGUACGGAGGGCGCGUAAGUUCCCUCAGUGGACAGACGAAACAACAAGCUAUACCUAAUGGUGGUGUUUGGGAUAUGCGUGGAAAGCAAUUUUUCACGGGUGUGGAAAUUAGAGUUUGGGCAAUUGCCUGUUUUGCUCCACAAAGAACUGUACGAGAUGACGCAAUACGUAAUUUUAUAGCACAAUUACAAAGAAUAAGCAAUGAUGCUGGGAUGCCAAUUAUUGGGCAACCAUGUUUUUGUAAAUAUGCUACUGGGCCAGAUCAAGUAGAGCCCAUGUUUAGAUAUUUAAAAGCAACAUUUUCAUCAUUACAACUUGUUUGUGUUAUAUUACCUGGAAAAACGCCUGUAUAUGCUGAAGUUAAAAGAGUAGGAGAUACAUUAUUGGGUAUGGCAACGCAAUGUGUACAAGCAAAAAAUGUUAAUAAAACAUCACCACAAACGUUGUCAAAUUUAUGUUUAAAAAUUAAUGUAAAAUUAGGUGGUAUUAAUAGUAUUCUAGUACCCACUAUUAGACCAAAAGUAUUUGAUGAACCUGUUAUAUUUUUUGGAGCUGAUGUGACUCAUCCACCUGCUGGAGAUAAUAAAAAACCUAGCAUAGCUGCAGUAGUUGCCAGUAUGGAUGCACAUCCAUCUCGAUAUGCAGCUACUGUUAGAGUUCAACAACAUAGACAAGAAAUUAUUCAAGAACUUAGUUCAAUGGUGAGGGAACUUCUUCUUAUGUUCUACAAAAGCACUGGAGGAUAUAAACCGCUCAGGAUAAUUCUUUAUCGUGAUGGUGUCUCAGAAGGUCAAUUUCUUCAUGUUCUGCAACACGAGCUAACUGCCAUUCGUGAAGCUUGUAUUAAACUUGAAGCUGAAUAUAGACCUGGAAUAACAUUCGUUGUCGUCCAAAAAAGACAUCACACUCGCUUAUUUUGUUCAGAAAAAAGAGAUCAAAGCGGUAAAAGCGGAAAUAUACCUGCGGGUACGACAGUUGAUGUUUGUAUAACGCAUCCAACUGAAUUUGAUUUUUAUUUAUGUAGUCAUCAAGGUAUCCAGGGCACGUCACGACCAUCACAUUAUCAUGUUUUAUGGGAUGAUAAUCGUUUUGAAAGUGAUGAAUUACAGUCUCUAACUUAUCAAUUAUGUCACACAUAUGUCAGAUGUACGAGAUCUGUUAGUAUACCUGCACCUGCAUAUUAUGCUCAUCUUGUAGCAUUCCGAGCCAGAUAUCAUUUGGUAGAAAAAGAGCAUGAUAGUGGAGAAGGAUCUCACCAAUCUGGCUGCAGUGAAGACAGAACACCAGGUGCAAUGGCAAGAGCUAUCACAGUUCAUGCAAAUACAAAGCGGGUUAUGUACUUUGCAUAAUUUUCUUUUGAAUUUUUCUUAUACACAUGCAAUUGAUAUAAAAAUCAUCAUAUCUUAUACGAAGAUAUUUCUAGACUAUUUAAAUAUUAGACAAUCUUCUUGAGUGGUCAAUUUUUUUUGCUUAUUUUUAUAAUCAAAUAUGUCGAAAAUAUAGCUAAAAUAUGUCAAAUAAUUUUUUAUUAAGCUUGGUUUUUUUCUUUUUUUUAUGUUCUAUUUAAUAUAUUGUCGAUUAGGUUUUAGGCAAAUUUUCUAACAUUUUAGUAAGUAGGUAUUAAAAGAGGUGCUUUUAGUUAAUCAUGUUUUAGAUUGAUGCAGCUUGACCAGUGUGUCGUUUUAUGAUAAAGAUCACACGAAUAAAUAAUAUAAGAAAUCAGCUGCCGUGGAUAUUACGCUUAUUUCUUUUUUUUAGAGGUUAAAUUUCCUCUAGCAUUUGUAGAAUACAAAAAUAUUACAUUAAAACAUAAAUUCAUGAUUGUAUAAAUCGCUUUGCAAGACUGUUAUCUUGUUGUUUAUAUGUAGUUAUAUCAUUUGAUCAGUCAUUUUUUAUAUAAAAAAAAAAAUAAAAAAAAUAAAAAAAAUUAAGAUUUCCAAGUCAUAUGAGGAUAAAAUAUUAGCAUGUAUAUCCUAUCUUCAUGCUUAAGCAUAUUUGUUAUUAUGCAAUUAUGAUUCUAUAAUGAUUCUAUCUUAUGACAUUAUGAUUCUUUAUAAAUAUCAUAUCUUUCAUGUCUAUCAUAUUUAUCAUAAGCAUUAAAAAAUUUGGCCACAUCAAGUAAUGAAUUGUCAAUCAAGAUAAUAUAUCUAAUUUAAUAUUAUAAAUUGAAAAUCCAGAAGUACAUAUUUUAUUCUAUUUGGUUUAAUUGUACUAUUUUUUGCAUGUGGAAUGAGAAUUAUGAUAGCUUGAACUGUGGUACUUUAUUCAUAUCAACUAUACAUUAACAUAACAUUUUGACAAAGGUAAAUGAAUACCUUUUAUCUGGUGUUUCAAAUACGCAACAUUAUCUCUUCAGGCAAGACAAGUACUUUUAAGUGAAAUCUUUAUGGCAUUAGAUUCGGGUUAAUAACUAACGCCCCAUCAACGCAGAAAAUAAUU